GGAAUGCCUAAAUGAUGCCGCCACUGCAAACGACGUCGGACAGGUGACGAAUGAUCAGGAGCGGUGGAAGGCGUCAUUUUCUAGAUUUCUUCGUGGAUUGUAUUACCCAAAACGACUAGCGAUCCAAGUGAAGAACAGAGUUUCUCAACCGGAAACCAUGCCUGAAAACGCCCAAGUCACCUUGCGUGGAGAGGCUGACUCGAAGGACGCUCACCAGCAGCAGCUGCACAACUUCUUGUCGCUGCUUCCGAAAUUUGAACUCAAAAUCCCUUUCCUCUACCGACUGCUAAAACCUAAAGGCGAGUCUGAUGUUAAGGUUGAAUCUGUUGACGCUCAAAAUGAGGAGAAAAGCCAGAAACCGGAUGUUGUUAGGUUGCCGAACGCGCAGCUGACGGUUCCUCCUCCAUUGGAGUUGGAGGUGGAAGAGACCGGGAGGACUUCCAACCCGGUCAUUCUCUGGCAGGUUUAUGCCAUUGGAGGUUUCUUUGUCCUGAAGUGGGUGUGGGCAAGAUGGAAUGAGAGAAAGGAGAGAGCCAAGAAGGGUUCGUCUGAUGAUAAUCAGCCUCGUGAGGAUGAUCCGUCCCCUGAAAACUAUCAAUCUGCAGCUGAUGAUGAGCCGUAAGCCCGUAACUUUCAAUUGUAUUGUAUAUGGAAAUCAGACUUCUUUUCUAAACUCUUUAAUACUUGGUGAUUACAAAGUUGGAUUUCCUAGCGAAAGAAAUAUUUUUUUUGUCUCAUCUUUUCUGCCACCUGAUAGGCUGAUACUUGCAUAUGAAAUGGUUUUAGAAUAUUUGGAUUUCAUCAUUAAACA